AUGCCGUAUACGCACCUUUUGGAACAUCCGCAUAUAUUGGGAUAUCACCAACGACUAACUCCGCCAGAUUGUGGCAUAACGCUAGAAAGACGUACUUCGAUCUAUCCAGACCCUCUUAAAGGAAAUUCGCGACCACCCUCCAUCGUUACAACUGAAAAGGUAGAGGACCCGUGGACUGUGGAAAAGGCGCUGGCGACUAUCGACAGACCCGCCGAGGGCUCGACAUCCCCUGUGCCCUUCUUCCACCUGUUGGAGCGCCUUAAGACCACGAAGCGAGCGGGAUGGAUGCGCUUUAGAAUCCAAAGGGGCGGAUCAGUCGCGGAUCAUUCGUGGCGGAUGGCCAUGAUGGCAGCAUUGCCCGCCACGUCUCUUGCAUGCCAGCUCGACAUCGGAAAAUGCAUCAAGAUGUAUCUAUUCCACGAUAUGGCCGAAUCGCUGGUUGGCGACCUCACGCCCGCAGACGAUGUCCCAAAGACAGAGAAACAUCGAAGAGAGGCCGAUACGAUAAGUUAUAUCGAGGGGAAGAUACUCCACAAAGUCAACGCUGGCGGCGCGGGACAGGAACUCGUGGACCUAUGGCGCGAGUUCGAGGAGGGCAAGUCCUUGGAAAGCCGCUUUAUACAAGAUUUUGACAAGAUCGAGAUGCUCCUCCAAAUGGUCGAGUAUGAACGUCGCGCGAAAGGGCGCUUGGAUCUGAGUGAGUUCACCUACGUAGAAACCAAGGUCUUGUUACCUGAGACCCAGGCCUGGGCGAAGAAGAUCAUCGGGGAACGGAAAGAGUUCUGGAAGACGCACGGUUCUACAGAGGCAGGUGCAAGCGAGAUCCGGAUGAGAAAGAUGCAGGAUGCGUAUUACAGCAAUUAG